CGGACGUGGUCGGGACCCGCAUCCGCAAUAGAAAGCGAGGAGAGCCCGAGCUCGGAAGUGGGGGCAUCUCCGGCGGCCGCUUCCUAGAGAGUCCACCGCCCGGCUCCUUUCGGUGAAGACAGUGCCCUGGCCCCGAGUCUCCCGGGGAAAAUGAAGUUAAGCCGCCAGUUCACCGUAUUCGGCAGCGCGAUCUUCUGCGUGGUGAUAUUCUCGCUCUACCUGAUGCUGGACCGGGGUCACUUAGACUACCCCAAGGGCCAGCGCCGCGAGGGCUCCUUCCCCCAGGGCCAGCUCUCAAUGUUGCAAGAAAAAAUAGACCAUUUGGAGCAUUUGCUAGCUGAGAAUAAUGAGAUCAUCUCAAAUAUUAGAGAUUCGGUCAUCAAUUUGAGUGAGUCUGUGGAGGAUGGGCCAAAAAGUUCACAAGGCAAUUUCAGCCAACGUGCUGGCUCACCUUUUCUGCCAUCGAAAAAAUUGUCCCUCACAGUUGACCCUGAAGACUGUCUAUUUGCUUCACAAAGCGGAAGUCAGAAUGCAGAUGUGCAGAUGUUGGAUGUUUACAGUUUAAUUCCUUUUGACAAUCCAGAUGGUGGAGUUUGGAAACAAGGAUUUGACAUUACCUAUAAACUUAAUGACUGGGACACUAAGCCCCUUCAAGUCUUUGUGGUGCCUCAUUCCCAUAAUGAUCCAGGUUGGUUGAAGACUUUUGAUGAAUACUUUAGAGAGAAGACUCAGUAUAUUUUUAAUAACAUGGUCAUCAAGCUGAAGGAAGACUCACGGAGGAAAUUUAUAUGGUCUGAGAUCUCUUACCUUUCAAAGUGGUGGGAUACUAUAGAUAUUCAAAAGAAGGAUGCUGUUAAAAGUUUACUAGAAAAUGGUCAGUUUGAAAUUGUAACAGGUGGCUGGGUUAUGCCUGAUGAAGCUGCUGCACAUUAUUUUGCCAUAAUUGACCAACUAAUUGAAGGACAUCAGUGGCUGGAAAAGAAUUUAGGAGUGAAACCUCGGUCUGGUUGGGCUAUUGAUCCUUUUGGACAUUCACCAACAAUGGCUUAUCUUCUAAAACGUGCUGGAUUUUCUCACAUGCUUAUCCAGAGAGUUCAUUAUGCAGUUAAGAAGCAUUUUGCAUUGCAUAAAACACUGGAGUUUUUUUGGAGACAGAAUUGGGAUCUGGGAUCUAUCACAGAUAUUUUUUGCCACAUGAUGCCCUUCUACAGCUAUGACAUCCCUCACACUUGCGGACCUGAUCCUAAAAUAUGCUGCCAGUUUGAUUUUAAACGGCUUCCUGGAGGCAGAUUUGGUUGUCCCUGGGGAGUCCCCCCAGAAACAAUAAAUCUUGGAAAUGUCCAAAACAGGGCUGAGAUGCUUCUGGAUCAGUACCGAAAGAAGUCAAAACUUUUCCGCACUACAGUGCUCCUGGCCCCACUAGGAGAUGAUUUCCGCUAUGUUGAACGCACGGAAUGGGAUCAUCAGUUCAAGAAUUAUCAGAUGCUUUUUGAUUAUAUGAAUUCUCAACCUCGGUAUAAUGUUAAGAUUCAGUUUGGAACUUUAUCAGAUUACUUUGAUGCCCUGGAUAAAGAAGAUGCAGCUAGUAGAAUGAAUAGCCAGUCGCUGUUCCCUGUUCUAAGUGGAGAUUUUUUCACUUACGCUGACCGAGACGAUCAUUACUGGAGUGGCUACUUUACAUCCAGACCUUUUUACAAACGAAUGGAUAGAAUAUUGGAAUCCCACUUAAGGGCUGCUGAAAUUCUCUACUAUUUCGCCCUGAAACAAGCUCAGAAAUACAAGAUAAAUGCAUUUCUUUCAUCAUCCUCUUAUACGGCGCUUACAGAAGCCAGAAGGAAUGUGGGACUGUUUCAACAUCAUGAUGCUAUCACAGGAACCGCAAAAGAUUGGGUGGUUGUGGAUUAUGGUACCAGACUCUUUCAUUCAUUAAUGAAUUUGAAGAAGAUAAUUGGAUCUUCCACACUACUACUACUUUUGAAGGACAAACACUCAUAUGAAUCAUACUCUUUUGAUACUCUCCUAGACAUGGAUUUAAAACAAAAAUCACAAGGUUCCCUGCCACAAAAAAAUAUAAUAAAGCUGAGUGCCGAGCCAAGGUAUCUUGUGGUCUAUAAUCCUUCAGAGCAAGAACGAACCUCACUGGUCUCAGUCUGUGUGAGUUCCCCCACAGUAAAAGUGUCCUCUGCUUCGGGGAAGCCUGUGAAAAUUCAGAUGAGUGCGGUUUGGAAUACAGCCACUACUAUUUCACAAACAGCCUAUGAGAUCUCUUUUCUAGCACAGAUGCCACCAUUGGGACUGCAAGUGUAUACACUUGUGGAAUCAUCGAGUUCAUAUCCACAUGUUGCUGAGUAUGUCCUGUAUAAUGGUAACAUAGAAAAUAAAGGCAUUUUCAAUGUGAAGAAUAUGAAAAAUGCUGAAGAAAUAACUCUGGAGAACUCUUUUAUUAAGCUUCAGUUUGGUCAAUCUGGGCUUAUGGAGGAAAUGAUAAAUAAAGAAGAUGGUGAACCUCAUAAGGUAAAAGUACAAUUUUCAUGGUAUGGAACCACAAGUAAAAAGGACAAAAGUGGUGCCUACCUCUUCUUGCCGGAUGGGGAAGCCAAACCUUAUGUUUACACAACCCAACCCCUUGUCAGAGUACAACGUGGAAGGUUUUAUUCGGAUGUAACUUGCUUUUUUGAACAUGUUACCCAUAGUGUCCGACUGUACAACAUACAGGGAAUAGAAGGACAGUCUGUGGAAGUUUCCAAUAUUGUGGACAUCCGAAAAGAAUAUAACCGUGAGAUUGCAAUGAGAAUUUCUUCUAACAUAAACAGCCAAAAUAGAUUUUAUACAGACCUAAAUGGAUACCAGAUUCAACCUAGAAUGACAAUGAACAAGUUACCUCUUCAAGCAAAUGUGUAUCCGAUGACCACAAUGGCGUAUAUCCAGGAUGCCCAGCACCGCUUGACCCUACUCUCUGCUCAGUCUUUAGGUGUAUCGAGUUUGGAAAGUGGUCAGAUUGAAGUUAUCAUGGAUCGAAGACUCAUGCAAGAUGAUAAUCGUGGGCUUGAGCAAGGUGUCCAUGACAACAAGAUUACAGCUAAUUUAUUUCGAAUACUACUAGAAAAAAGAACUGUCGUGAAUAUGGAGGAAGAAAAGAAGGCAGUCAGUUAUCCUUCCCUUCUUAGCCACAUCACUUCUUCUUUCCUGAAUCACCCUGUCUUUACAAUGACAGAGAAGAGCCCCGUGCCCACCCUUCAGCUGCUGGGUGAAUUCUCCCCGCUACUGUCAUCUCUGCCUUGUGACAUUCAUUUGCUUAAUCUGAGGACAAUACAAUCAAAGGUGGAUGGCAAGCAAUCUGAUGAGGCGGCCUUGAUCCUCCAUAGGAAGGGCUUUGAUUGCCGCUUCUCCAGCAGAGACACGGGGCUGCUUUGUUCCACUACCCAGGGGAAGAUAUUGAUACAGAAACUUUUUAACAAGUUUACUGUUGCAAAUCUCGUACCUUCAUCGUUAUCCUUGAUGCAUUCACCUCCAGACGUCCGAAAUAUAAGUGAGAUCAACUUGAGGCCCAUGGAAAUCAGCACAUUUCGAAUCCAGUUGAGGUGAAUCUGGCUUUCAAAUUUGGACUGUGAAACAUUGGCUUAUCUACACUUCUUAAUUUAACGUGCAAUAAGAAGCACAUUAUUUAAGCUUCUGGCUACUGUGAGGACAUGAAUUCUGUGUUUUGUUUUUAACCAUUACAUAAGAAAAAAAAGCCAUGCUACAACCAGUUUGUGUUUUUUUGUGUGUUUUUUAAGUUUCUUUCAUCAACUACUACCAUCUGUAUGAAUUGAUGCAACAAACAAAGAAAUGUCUGAAGAGAACCUCUCAACAGAUUGUAUCUCAGGUUAAAUACUAACUAAUUAUAUCUGUGUUGAGGGUUGUGAAGAGAUUGUUACGAGUCUUCAUGUUGCUGGUCCUUUGAUAAUUUUACAAAAAUGCCCACUUUUAUCAAAAUGGAAUAAAAAGCUGGUGGGUAAUAGCUAAUGGCCAAAAUGGUUGUAAACAUUCAUAUGCAUUAGAAAAUGUUCUUGUGUUGAAAUAUGUGGAAAAGUGCAAUUCAUCAACCCUUAUGGUAUAUAUAGUUGAUUUUCACACUUUUUUCUAAUGUACCACUUAACCCUUCCCUGCCUAUCCUUUGUAAAGUAUUUCCAGAAAUAUCCGAUUUUGAAUCAUUCAGUAGUAGAAAAAGAGGCAUAUUUUCAUUACUUGACAAUGUGGGAUAGGUGCAAUUUAUUACAUUGUCACUAAAAUAGAAGAAGCAAUUCCAUAGGUACCAUAACCUAUUUUAGGUACCACAAGGUGUCUUUUUACACAGCUCAUUUGAAUACAGAUGUUCUGAGAAGGGGUUUUCUAUUUUAAAAAUACCAUAUCAAAAUGAAUGUGCCUUAUUUUUGUAUAAGUCUUGUUAAAUCUUUUAGUGUCCAUAUUACCGUUUAGGGAAAGGGGGAGGUUGGGGCAGAAGAGAGCGUGGGUACUUUCUAUCACACAUAAAUUGUAAAAUUUUUGCCUGACAAUGCUGGCCACAUUCUGAUCUGUUGCAUUAAAUUUGUGGUGAUAUUACUCUAAACAUUUUGACUAUUUGAAUGUACUGAAAUCUCAGAAAACAAAACAAGGGGAAAAUAUACUUAAUUAAAAUAUGCUGCUGCCAAGGAGACUGCAACUUGAAGCAAGGAUUCUGUAAUGUGCAAAAUCCACACCCAGUUUCCACUUCAGAGGAGUUAACCACAUUGAAGAGAGAAUGCUUUAAAAUAGACCUCGUUUGGAAACCCGAUUAUAUGUAGCUCUUCCUGACUUAUCAUAUUCAAGAAUAUGUCUGUUCACUGAAUUCCACACUUUUGUAUGUGUGCACUAACCUCCAAGUGAAGUUCUGAGCCCAUGGGCCACUACAAUACUUUUUAUAAAAUUUAUUUGGGGUCAUUGUUAACUUAAUAUUAAAAUAUAAGCAACAUUUAGACUAUUCAGUUUUAAUAUAAAAAGGAUUGAGUAUCUUCAUUUCUGAAAGUUCUCUUUGUGUUAAACUAAUAGAUUAUUGUCUGACUUUAAACUUCCAUUUACCUCCCGUUAUUCCAGCAUCUUUUUAGAGAAAUUAAAACCUAAUUUCUGUUUCACCAGGUAGUCUAAUUAUCAUCUGGAUUUUUCAUCAAGAUACAGCUCCUAAGAUUAUUGUUACAUUAAAUUCAUACACUUCUUUCACCUUUAAUAAUUAAGGAAACACUACUGGUGGUGAUAAAGAUAUUAAAAGGGAGUAGUUUCAUGCAAUAAACAUGUACUGUAAGUUUCCUUCCUGGUUUGGGGGGGAUAGACAACUAAAAAAGAAACAAAAACUUCCUUUUGUGGACUUGCUCGUUACAGACCUUAGAAUUAUCAGAGCAAGUUCCAGGAAUAAGAUCAAUAUUUUCAUUGCAUCUUAAAUGUAAAAUCUUCCUAUGGGAGUUCACUGUGGUCUGGGAAUUCUGAUCAGUUGAAAUAACAUAUCUUGCAAUAACAGUGGUUUUGCCACUUAUGGUUGUUUAAGGUUGGUCUGUCCCAUGUCAGUCAGGUCUUAUUCAGUGUGUAUUGCCACUAACUGCUCACAGGUAAAGCAGAAAUUUUCUUUAACAGGCAAGUUAUCAGGGAAAUGAAGAGGGGAUGCUUUUGCUUUGGGCUGUGAUCAAGAACUGAUUAAAUCAUCAGUGUCUCCAGCUAAAAACCGUACAUUUCAAUUGUGAUCUCAGUGGCAUAUUUGUGUGCCUAGGUUUUAUUACAGUUAUAACAUGUUCAGUUGACCAAGUAGUUCAUUACUUUAUCCUAUCUUUUUUUUUGGAAAUUUAAUUUGGUACUUUAACUGCAGUGUUUGAGAACUCAGCAUCCUUAUUUUCUACAAAUACUGGCUAAAAUAAAAUGCUGUAAAGUGUGUUGUAAAACAUUGUAAUCACCUUCCCAUGUCUUUGUUGUACUUGUGCCGAAAUGUUUUCACAUCCUUUUGUCUGGAAGGAAAUCUUUGCUUUCAUUUUAUGUUGCUUACCUUGGAAUCAAUAGGUUUUGAUAUUUUCUCUUGGGAGAUUUUAUAUCUUUUUGGGAACAUGUAAUAUAAGAUAUCUAAUAAAAGAUAAAUCUUAUCACGUA